AUGAACCUCUCCCUAGCAGAGAAACUGGACUUCUUUCCAGCUGUGGCAUCUAUAGUGUUUGCCUACAUCUAUGCCUUCCUGACUGGCCUUUGGCGCACUGAACGCCAAGCCAAGUCUUUGUCCCUGCAUUUAGGAUAUGCACUAUUUCGUCAAACGAGCUCACGGCUGACUACGAGUCAGAUGCAGUACAUUCUACCCCCAUCUCAAGAGAUCUAUGAACAACACUCCAAGAAGAACGGCAGAUUGCCCGAGUCCGUGGAAUUGGGUGAUGGGGCGUUGGGCCACUGGGUAGGUGAUCGAAAUGCCGACAAUAUAAUCGUCUGGUUCCAUGGGGGUGGUUUCGGCCUCCCCGCGAACAUUAGCUAUUUCAACUUUUACACGCAGCUCCUGCGGGACCUCACGGCAUCGGGCAAAAGCGUGGCUGUCUUCAGCCUGACCUACACCUUGGCACCAAUCGCAGUCUAUCCGACUCAACUCCGACAGGCCGUGAAUUGUCUCCGAUAUAUCGUCUCACAGCCAAACCGUAACCCGUCCACGGUUUUCCUAGGCGGUGACUCUGCAGGCGGGAAUCUGGUGGGUGGAGUGCUCUCUCACCUGGCCCACUCACACCCAGAGAUCGAUCCCCUGCCAUUGAACAGAAACCUCGGUGGCGCAGUGAUGAUCGGUCCGUGGACACUUCUGGAAAAAGAGUUUUUGGGCGCACAGAUCUAUGAUGGCGGCGAUAUCAUCACGGAGGCAGUUGCGAGACCGUGGGUGACAGCUUACAUUGGUGCUGGCCAGCGGGACUAUUACACUGACCUAUCGACUGCGCCGGCGGAUUGGUUGGCGACAUUCCCGGUGAACGCGGUGUUGAUUACCGCAGGCGGGAAUGAGAUUAUGUUGCCUCUGAUUCAAGACUUGGCGGCGAAGUUUAAGGAGGGCGUUGAGAAUGUGGAGUUGUUUGUUGGACAUCGUGAAUGUCACGUUGCGCCGAUUUAUCAUUUGGAGUUGGGGGAUGUUACGAAGACCGAGCAGGGCAAGAAAAUUGAGGUUUUCUUGGCCGAGUGGAUGGUGUGA